CCGGCGGCCGCCGCCCGGCAGCCGUGACAAAAGCCGGGCUGCUGGUGGCAGUCGCCCGGGGACCCCAGCCCGGCGGAGGGUUCCUCCGAGGGCGGUGGCGAAGACACCGUUGUGUCCCCCGCACAUCGGGACUCGGUCUGGGCGCGCCCCCCAGCGGUGUAUGACCCGGUGUUCGGCGUCUGUAAGUGUUGGGUGAGGGGCGCCGUAGGCCCUGCCCCGCCCUCCCCAGGCAGCGCGGCGGCUCUCCGACCUCUGCAUUAUAAAGGCUGCGGAAUCUCCGCUGGAACGGGCUGGCGCGAGGGGGAGAAGCAGUACCGCCCCUGUCGCUUUGCAGUGCCUGUAGGACGCCGAGGGCCCAGAGCCCCGCCCGGGGCCCUGAAUAGGGCACGCCAGAUAGCCUUGUCUCCGUACACAGUUAACGUCCCAUUCCCGAACUCAAGUGAAGUAGAAGGAGGGUGAUCGAUCGUCUGAGUAGCCAUCUGCCCCUUUUAGCCAUGAAGGCAGAGACAGUGUCCUCGUUACAAGAGGCUCCAGCUGAGUCCAGCUGGAACCUCAAUAACCUGCUGAGUAGCCGGAAGCUGAUGGCUGUGGGGAUCGUGCUCGGCUGGCUCCUGGUCAUCCACUUUCUGGUCAACGUGUGGCUCCUAUGCCUUCUGUCUGCAUUGCUAGCGGUGCUGGGAGGAUGGCUGGGCUCAAACGCCAUUGUGGGGGCUUCAGGUCGACUGCACCUGGAACGCUUCAUCCCAGUGGCCACCUGCCCUCCAAACCCUGAGGCAGAGAGGCAACUGGAACUGGAGAUCGACCGUACCAUCCAGAUGAUUAUUCGGGACUUUGUGUCGUCCUGGUAUCGCUCAGUGAGCCAGGAGCCAGCCUUUGAGGAAGAAAUGGAGGCCGCCAUGAAAGGGUUGGUCCAGGAGCUCCGGAGGAGGAUGGGCAUGGUGGACAGUCAUGCCCUUGCCCAGAGGGUUCUGACUCUCUGCGGUUGUCACCUGCAGAGCUAUAUUCAGGCGAAGGAAGCCCUGGCUGGGAAGCAGAGUGGUACAGUUGAGCCCUCCCAGCUCUGGGAGGCUUACUGCCGAGCUACUGCCCCACAUCCUGCUGUGCAGAGCGCCAGCACUGAGGUCACUUAUACACGUGGCAUUGUAAAUUUGUUGCUUCAAGGACUAGUGCCAAAGCCCCACUUGGAGACCCGGACCGGUCGCCAUGUAGUGGUGGAACUCAUUACCUGCAAUGUAAUCUUACCACUGAUUAGCAAGCUGUCAGAUCCUGACUGGAUCCACCUCGCACUUGUGGGCAUCUUUUCCAAGGCCAGAGAUAAUCCAACAGCAGUGGUUAAACCAACUUCCCCAGCCAGUGCCCUGGAAAAGCCCUCAGUGCCCACAUCUCUGCCACUGAUUGUUGAGGUACAGAGCCUGCCAGAAGUGAGAGCCCCUUCUCCAGCAGCAGCAGCGCCGGUGCUCCUGAACUGUAAUGAGCCAGACCGGCCUUCCCAUCACUCCCCAGAAGUUGAAGAAGGCCAUGAAGCACUAGAGGGAGAACUGGGUGGAGUGCCAGAAGAAAGAAAAGUAGGAUACAACUCAUCUCAUUUCCUACAGCCAGAUAUUCGAGGCCCUUUGUUCUUAUGUGAAGACACAGAGCUGGAGUCUCCAUUGUCUGAACUGAGCAAGGAAACCAUCAUGCUCAUGACCCCAGGCAACUUCCUCUCUGACAGGAUCCAGGAUGCCCUGUGUACCCUGGAGGGUCCCCAGUCUCUGGAGUCUAAGGAUGUUGAGGGAUCCGAAGGAAUUGAAGGAGCAGAGGCCGAGCUGGGUCCAGGAACAGAAACAGAGACAGGGCUGCUGGUCUCCUUGCUGACUUCCUGCCCAGAGAUCCACAUUGACACAGCAGACAAGGAAGUAGAGCAGGGAGAUGUCACCUCUCUUACAGCUUUGCUGACAGAUCCAGAAAGGACCUGCCCCCCACGACCCUCUUGCUUAGAGAAGGCUCUCACCAAUGGUGUGAGCUCCGUAGAUCCUAAUCUGCCACAGGUUCUGCUUUCCUCCUCUCCAACUGGUCCUCUCAGCUCAGCCACCUUCAGCUUUGAGCCCCUGACCAGUCCAGAUGGCCCAGUUGUCAUCCAGAACCUUCGUAUCACUGGUACCAUUACUGCUCGAGAGCACAGUGGCACUGGAUUCCACCCAUACACACUCUACACGGUGAAGUAUGAGACGGCCCUGGAUGGUGAGAACAGCAGUGGCCUGCAGCAGGUGGCCUACCACACUGUGAAUCGCCGCUACCGCGAGUUCCUCAAUCUGCAGACGCGUCUGGAAGAGAAAUCAGAUCUCCGAAAGUUCAUAAAAAAUGUGAAGGGUCCUAAAAAGCUCUUUCCGGACCUUCCAUUUGGAAACAUGGAUAGUGACAGAGUAGAAGCCCGAAAGAGCCUCCUGGAAUCCUUUCUAAAGCAACUCUGUGCCAUUCCGGAGAUCGCUAACAGUGAGGAGAUGCAGGAGUUCCUUGCUCUGAACACAGAUGCUCGUAUUGCCUUUGUCAAGAAACCAUUCAUGGUGUCCAGAAUAGACAAGAUGGUGGUAAGUGCUAUCGUGGACACCUUGAAGACAGCAUUUCCUCGCUCCGAACCCCAGAGCCCCACAGAAGAGCUGAGUGAGGCCGAGACAGAAAGCAAGCCCCAGACAGAAGGCAAGAAGCCUAGCAAGUCCAGAUUGAGGUUCUCCAGUAAGAUUGCUCCAGCACUGACUAUAACUGAGGCACCUGAGAAGAUUCUCUAUUGUCUCCAGGAAGGCAAUGUGGAGUCAGAAAUCCUAUCCAUGUCUGGGAUGGAAUCCUUUAUUGAAAAACAGACAAAGUUAUUAGAAAUGCAGCCAGCAGAAGCCCCAGAAAAAGAUCCUGAACAAAUCCCCAAAGAUUGUACGGAUGGUUACUUGUCAGAUGCAGCUGUGCCGGCCCGAGACCUCAGCAACAGUGAUCCAGGAGCAGAGACAGAGCUCGCUGACACAGCCCUAGAUCUGCUCCUCUUGCUGCUGAUGGAGCAGUGGAGAUGGCUAUGUACAGAAAACAUGCAGAAAGUUCUUCAUCUUAUGUUUGGGACCCUAGUUCAGAGCUACAGCACCUUCCCUGCCACUCCACCUACCAUUGCUACUCUGAGAAGAGGUAUGGUGUGGUCCCUGCCUGCUUCCUGCUUCGGUGUUGGCCUCUCUGAGACUGUCCCCAUCACUGCUGCCCAGGGAGCACCAUGUUUACUGUGUCUCUGAAACCACAAGGAUCGGAGCUGUAUCCUUUUGCAGAUUACGUGGGCUCUCCUUUGAGCUCUGCACUUUAAAGAGAAGGAUAGUCGGUAUUGGGGCCACUGAUAGUUACUGCCGCUUCUCUAGUAUCGUGAACACACUGCAGCUGGGGCUUCAGGGACUGUACAGCCAUCUAGAUUUGCAUUCAUCUCCUUAAAAUGUCCUAAUUUUCCAACCUCCUGCAUCAUCAUCUCCAAAAAGAUAAGUUCUCCCUUCAGCUUUGUUUACUCUCCUUGCUCCCUUAAAAGACCUAUAUAUGCGUAACUGCCUUGGAUGCCAGGAACUCUUGCCAAGUCAUGAGUGUGCGCUCCCUCACUCUCAAGCUUGCGCUCUAGCCUGCAAAAAAAAAAAAGGAGAGUAAAUUCAACCUCAUGACCCCUCCUUCUAAGCCAAGGUUGGAAGAGUUCUGAGCUGAGCCAGGCUUCAUAAAUCUCCCUUGAUUGUUGAUGGCGUGGAGAGAGUGGGGGAAGGGAGCUGAAGAGAAGUUAGAUGCCCAAAAAAGGCAUUGUUAAGUCAAAGGGAAAUCUUGGACGCAUGCGCGCCUGACCUCGUGUGUCAGCUUCUGUGCUGGGAACAUCCAAUUAUGUAAGAAGGAGCACUCCUUGUUUGGAACUAGAGACAAAGGGAGGGGCAGAGGAGUGAGGGUAGCAGGCUAAGCCAAGGAGUGAAUCCAGCUUGUGCAGACUGCUCAUGUCCGAAAACAGAAGAAACUUACCAGUAUUCCUGCAUGCAUCAGAAUCAGGGUUAGGAAAUUGGACAAGUACUCAGACAUGACUAGGUUGGAGGGAAAGAGGAGGGAUGUACUGUGCUCCAUUGAUGGUAGAAGGUUUGGGGCAGGAAGAUCCAGCCAAGGUAAGGGGUGAGAUUAUUAUGGAGUCCUGAUGGAGAGCAAAGGAAUGAGAAGAAGCUGGACUGGUUCCCUGCCUGGAUGCCCAGAGCAAUGCCAUGAUAAAAAUAUGAAGCAGGCUAGCAGUAGAGUACACGAAUGCCACGUCCUGUGGCUCUGCCCUCCCCAUGGCCCCGAAGAUGGCAUCAGACUCUGUGUCAAAAGGGCAGUAGACACAUUCCUGGCAUCUACAUCAGGAUUUCUUAAAGAGUGAGUGAGUGUGUGUGUUUGUGUGCAUAUGUGGUGUGGGUUGGGGGGCACGUGAGAAUGGAAUAGCGUAAAAAGAGGAAGGAAGAAAAGAAAUUCUGUAAUCUGUGGGCAAAGGAGAAUAGAAAAGUAUGUGAAGUCAGGAAUUCUAUAGAGAUGAAGGAGAAAAGAAAGAAUGUGUCAGGUUUAAGGAGUCCAACAAGCAGUGGACCCAGGAGAAAAUUAAAUGGCAAGCUCUGGACUUUAUGCCAGGCCAUGGACUCAUUUUCUUAGAAAUGCAGUCCCUACAAACCAUCUCCCAGGAAAGGUCAGGAGGAGUGUGGAGAGAGAGGAGGGGACCCCUGCAGAGGGCUGUGCUGCCAGGCACGCGUGUUCGUCUUCCUGAAAGACAGUUACGAAUGGCUGACUACAUCCUCUGCACUAAUUCUCAUAGGUCACCCCAGAAUCUGAGUUGUUCCUUACGUCUUUCUCAAUGGGCAUGUCUAGGUAGCAGAUAGAUAAAGGGCCUCUCUGACCUUGGUUAGAUCUUAAGGGAAACUCCAGGCCUGCCACCAAAGGAUACAAGCAAGUGCCCCAGGAAAGGAGCUGACAUUUAAUACUAACUAUACCAGCUAAGCAGCUUUGUGCUUCAUGGACUGAUGUGCAGUGCAGUUCUGUGAGAUAGACCUAUAUUUACACAUCUUACAAGUGAAGAAAAGGAUAUUCACAUUAAGCUUCCCAGAAUCAUAGAGCUAGGAAGUAUGAGCCCCAAGAUUUCUACUUCAGUCAUCCUGGCCUCAAAGCCCAUGCAAUUUCCGCUACUCUGUACUGCCUCCCCACUCUGCUGGGUUUCUCACCAAGCUGUGCCCACUAGAACUGGCCUCACUUGCAAGUCCCUCUGCCUUAUUUGUGUCUAGUCUCUCUUGCUUUCCAUCUGACUGGACUCAAGGACACAUGCACAUUUAAGUAGUAUAUAAAUUGAUUUCCAUCUACAUAUUUCUGAUUUUAUUCUUAAAACACUCCUGGAUCAGAGAUUGCAUAGUCUCCUUUGGGUAUCCCUCUUCUGCAUCCUGUUCUCAGUGAGAAAAAGAUUUUCAGAGUUAAGAUUCAGAGUUUCUCAAGGAACAUAGAUUACAGCUUUUCUCCUUUGCUCCAUAAAUUUCUCUUUCUUGUAAUUCAGUUCUGGCGCCUUGUGGUUUCUUACACCUGAUCUCUUUCUAUGCAGUUUCUGUAGGAAAAUAGCAUACUUUUGCAAGAGCCCCAGAUACAAACUAAAUCUCAAAAUUCUUUCAAACCAAGUCUCCAGAUUUUCCUGUCAGAUUAUUUUCUGGCCCUUUAUUGACUUGAGUCAUUACUGACUCUAGUAGUUUUUAGAGGUCCUGAAAAUAAUUUUUUGCACUGAUGGCUUUGCUCACGUUGUAUUGUGCUUCCUUGGGAGAAGAGGGACGCUGCUUGUCUCAUGCCUCUCCCACUAGACCUUGACAAAGGGAAGUUCUCAAUUUCUGUAGAUGGGGCCAAGAAGGGCCCCAGGAGUCUCUCCUAUUAUGAGCGGCCUCCCUGUCAUAUUUCUUGGGUGUCACUUACUCUACACCCACCUUCAAAUGAAGAUACCCUGUCUUUUCUAUCCUAUACUGACAGGUUCUACUUGAAUACAGCUUUAAGGUUGUAAAAGAUACGUGGUACCUGAUUGCCUGUGCCUGUGUGUUUUUGCACUUUCUGCGUGUAGAUUCUCAUACACUCAGGCAGAAUUGGUUAUUGCAUCAGUUAAGAAUAAAACAGAAUCUCGUGAGGUAUUUAGACCUCAGUACCUUUCUUCAGGUCAAGUUACUGGUACCUCUUGCCCAUCUGUAGCUACAAAUAGGAACCCAGGACAGUUCUGAAGGACAGUUUCAGUAUCCUCAGAGCGGGGACUGUCUUAUUCAUCAUUCUGUCAUAAGCACCUAAUCAUAUACAUGGAAGGCACUUAACAAAUUUGGUCGAAUGAACAUCACAUGCCAUUCCAAUCAAAUCAGUCCCUCUGUUUAUCACUAGUGAAGUUCUCAGGGAUUCCUCAGUCAUGCUGGGGGACAAGAAACACCAGUGUAAACUGAGUCUCUGUUAUAUCCCUCCCCCACAGCUCUUUAAGUGAGCACCUCAAAUUCCCAGGGCCAUGGUUGAGCCUGAGAAGAGGUUUUCCUUUGGGCCCUUUAGGCCCUCUCCUAUCCUCGUGGCACUCUCCUUUCCAGAAGAACAUAGUGUCCUCUCUGCCAUGGGCCUCCCACUGUGAGGCCCAUCUAAGCUGGCCGUCUCUGGAAGCAUGUCCUGCUGUUGUGCUUCUCAGCCUCUUUCCUUCCACACAGGGAAAUAAGAAUAUGGGCUUGGAAGUCAGACAGAUCUGAAUUCAAAUCCUCCUUUGUGUCUUACUAUAUGUGUGACUUAGAACAAGUCACUUAACCUCCCUCUGCCUCCAUUACUCUCCAAAUGGGAAUAAGAGUGCCCAGCUCAUAAAGUUAGUUGGAAGAUAAGAGAUGAUAAUGAAAGCCUCUGGACGCAUACCUGGCACAUAGAAGCUCUCAGUAACUGUGAGUUCUCGUCAUCUUUACAAGCUCCAUGUUCCAUUUCCUUGGGAACUCUAAAUUGCUAGGGCAGUAGCAUAUCUGAUGUAAAGAAUAUGUUUACAUCUCAGAUCUGUACCUCUGAGACAAAUAAUGCAAGAUAUGUUAAGAAA